GUCCCUCUUUCCUGCACCCCAGCUUUGACCUCUGAGCCGAGGCCUCUAAUCUCCAAGACAUGGCAAGCCCAACCACCAUCGUCGCCAGUCUUCUACUCCUGGUAGCUUGCACGUGCUGCAUCUGCCCUACAGACUCUGUGAUCAUCCCCUUUUCUUGCUGCAUGUCCUUUAUUACCAAGGAAAUCCCAGGAAACCAAGUGGUUAGCUACCAGUUGGCCAAUAGCAGCAUCUGCCCCAAGACGGGAGUAAUCUUCAUCACCAAGAGGGGCCAUAAGUUCUGCAGUGACCCCAAGUUGCCAUGGGUCCAGAGGCACAUACGGAACCUGGAUGCCAAGAGAAAGCAACCUUCGGCAGCUGCCAAGGCACCUAGCGCCAGGUUUCCCAUCCAGAGACACCGUGGCAACAGCACUGGGAUUUAAUCGCCUCUCCUCUGUCCCUGAACUUGGACAACGGUCUUGACUCCUUGACAGGCUGCUGGGCUCGGCACACCAGCUGGGAUGAGGCCUGAGUUCAUUUUGCCAUUCUCAGCAUUUCUUUUAGGGAAUGUAUUUAUAUUUUGUGAUAACCCGAGGAAGCGCAAAGCGUGCCAGAGUUCUGGUGUUUCCUGUGCUGAGUAAGAAGGAUCUAGAAGAAUGACAUUAGUCAUUCUGU